AGCAAGCAAAGCCGGGAGGUCGCACACAGGCAGCAAUCGAAUUGAACACCAUAACAUCCACAAGUUAACAAUGGAAGUACAAAGCCAACCACAGAAUUCUGGUUCUGUUUCUGAAACAUGUGUAGUCAGUGACUGUGAGAGAGAAUUGCUGGAAAUUACUGACACUCAGGAAAUAGGUGAUCUCAAGGAACACAAAGAUUGUGGUGGUCCAGAAGAUCAGUCAACGUGUAGUGGAUGCGGGAAAACAUUUAUUAAAUCAGAAGACAUGAAAAGGCACAUGGCGAUUCACUGUGGAAUCAAGCCUCACCAGUGCACUGUUUGUAAGAAAACAUUAUCAGGUCAUCUGCAGAAACAUAUGCUGAUUCACACUGGAGUCAAACCUUAUCAGUGUGUAGAAUGUGGGAAAGGGUUCACACAGUCAGGUAGCCUGCAGAAACACAUGAUGAUUCAUAGUGGAAUCAAGUCUCAUCAGUGCAUCGUGUGUGAGAAAACAUUUACAUUAUCAUGUCAUCUGCAGAAACAUAUGCUGAUUCACACUGGAAUCAAACCUUAUCGGUGUGUAGAAUGUGGGAAAGGGUUCACACAGUCAGGCAGCCUGCAGAAACACAUGAACGUACACAGUAGAAGCAACCCUUAUCAAUGUGUUGAAUGUGGUAAAAGGUUUAGAGGUUCAGGACAUCUGCAGGCACACAUGAGGAUUCACAGUGGAAUUAAGCCUUAUCCGUGCAUUGUGUGUGAGAAAACAUUUACACAAUCGGGUCAGCUGCAGUCACACAUGAGGAUUCACACUGGAAUCAAACCUUAUCAGUGUGUUGAAUGUGGGAAGGAAUUUACACGAUCAAAUUACCUGCAGAUACACUUGAGGAUUCACAGUGGAGUCAAGCCUAAUCAGUGUAAUAUAUGUGAGAAAACAUUUACACGAUUAAGUACUCUGAAGAAUCACAUCAGGAUUCACACUGGAAUCAAACCUUAUCAGUGUGUUGAAUGUGGGAAGGGAUUUACACGAUCAAAUACCCUGCAGAAACACAUGAGGAUUCACAGUGGAGUCAGACCUUAUCAGUGUAAUGUAUGUGAGAAAACAUUUACACGAUCAGGUACUCUGAAGAAUCACAUGGCGAUUCACACUGGAAUCAGACCUUAUCAGUGUGUUGAAUGUGGAAAAGAAUUUACAGUAUCAAGUAACAUGAAGAAACACAUGAGGAUUCACAGUGGAGUCAGACCUUAUCAGUGUAAUGUAUGUGAGAAAACAUUUACACGAUUAAGUACUCUGAAGAAUCACAUGGCGAUUCACACUGGAAUCAGACCUUAUCAGUGUGUUGAAUGUGGAAAAGAAUUUACAGUAUCAAGUAACAUGAAGAAACACAUGAGGAUUCACAGUGGAGUCAAGCCCUAUCCGUGUAAUAUAUGUCAGAAAUCAUUUACACGAUCAGGUACUCUGGAGAGGCACAUGGCGAUUCACAGUGGACUCAGACCGUAUCAGUGUGUUGAAUGUGGGAAAGCAUUUAGACAUUCAUAUCACCUGAAGACACACAUGAUGAUUCACAGUGGAAUCAAGCCUCAUCAGUGUGUUGAAUGCGGGAAAACAUUUGCACAAUCAAGUAAUCUGCAGAAACACAUCAGAAUUCACAGUGAAGUCAAGCCUUAUCCGUGUAAUAUAUGUCAGAAAUCAUUUACACGAUCAGGUACCUUGGAGAGGCACAUGGCGAUUCACAGUGGACUCAGACCGUAUCAGUGUGUUGAAUGUAGGAAAGCAUUUAGACAUUCAUAUCACCUGAAGACACACAUGAUGAUUCACAGUGGAAUCAAGCCUCAUCAGUGUGUUGAAUGCGGGAAAACAUUUGCACAAUCAAGUAAUCUGCAGAAACACAUCAGAAUUCACAGUGAAGUCAAGCCUUAUCAGUGUAAUAUAUGUGAGAAAUCAUUUACAGUAUCAGGUACUCUGAAGAAUCACAUGGCGAUUCACACUGGAAUGAGACCUCAUCAGUGUGUUGAAUGCGGGAAAGCAUUUGCACAAUCAGGUAACCUGAAGACACACAUGAUGAUUCACAGUGGAAUCAAGCCUUAUCAGUGUGUUGUGUGUGAUAAGUGGUUCACACACUCAAGUAGCCUGCAGAAACACAUGACCAUUCAUAGUGCUAGCAAGCCGUAUCAGUGUGAUGUGUGUGGUAAAGCGUUUACAUACUCAAAUAGCCUGAAGCGACACCUGACCAUUCAUAGUGGAAGCAAGCCUUAGCAGUGUGUUCGAUGUGGGAAAAUGUUUUGACACUCAGGUACUCUGCAUACACAAGUGAUGAUUCACAAUGGAAUCAAACCUUUACGAGUGCAUUGUUUGUGAGAAAGGAUUGACACACUCAGGUAAUCUGCAGAAACACAAGGAUUCGCCGUGGAAUCCAACUUAUCAGUGUGUUCAAUGAAGCGAGGGAUGUAACAUCACACGUUUCAUAGUUCAGGAAUAAAGGUUUACAAAGUUCA